AUUCUUACAACCAUUUCAUAUUAAAAGUGCUUCCUUUAAAGACAAAUUGAUGCUCAACCCAUAGUGAUGAUAUAUUUUUUCUAUUUUUUAUGAAACGUUAUUUUUAUUAUUAUUUUUUAGAUAAAAUGUCGGAUAAGGUUAGAACAAAAUUGGAUAAAACUGGGGAAGUGAAAGCCUACAGUCAAACAGCUAUGGCCAACAACCACGCUGUUAUAGAUUACUGCAGAACGUCUAUGGCGGCCUUAUCCGGAAGUACGGCGGGUAUACUCGGCCUACCAACUCUCUAUGGAUUCGGAUUCUACGCGGUUUCAGUAUUUGUGCUGUGGUUGUUAAUGCUGUGGAAGGCCGGGGUCAACUGGAAGAAAUAUUUCGGGAGCCGUCAGCAACUACUCACCAACGGGUUCUUCGGACAGAUGUUUACAUACGUUCUUUUUUGGACAUUUUUAUACGGGAUGGUGCACGUAUACUAAUUAUUAGGACUGUUUGUUGAGAUUCUCAUUGAAAAUUUUUCCCCUGGUUGUUAGAAAAUGAUGAUGUGUUCCAGAAAAUAUUCAGAGCACGAGUCAAGCAUUUUUCUUGCAAUAUAUUACCUACUGCAUUGUUUUUAUUUUUAAAUAUUUCUAAUUAAAAAAUUAUUAUAUAAAUGAUUUUUUUCAACCAUCAAAUUAGUUUU